ACUGUUUGAACAAGAUGGCGUCUGGUAGAAAGGUGUGUUAGCAGAGUCUCUUUGUUGUGUUUUUAAAGUGUGAACAUGUCUAAAGUCCAAAUGCUGAGAGCGUUGGUGAAGCAGCGACUAACUGCGGCUGCUGAAGAGAUAUUUGGGCUGUUUGAAAGAACGAUAGCAGAGUACGAGGAGGAACUUUGUCGAUCAAAAGAGGAGAACGAGCGACAACGGAAACGACUGGACGCUGUUAUCAACUCUCAACUUGGGUUACACAGAGCAGACAUCCAGCAGCCGUCGGUGGUUAAAGAGGAGGUUCCCCCUGAGCAGCAGGAGUGGAGCUCCAGUGUGGACCAGGAGGACCCAGAGCCUCCACACAUUAAAGAGGAACAGGAGGAGCUCUGGAUCAGUCAGGAGGGAGAGCAGCUUCAAGGGCUGGAGGAGGAUGAUGAUAUCACCGAGUUCACAUCCACUCCUGUCCUUGUGAAGAGUGACGAUGAUGAAGAGAAACCAGAUCCAGAUAGACAUUUACAACCAGAAUAUGAUGACAAGUUUGGAGCGCCUUCUGAACCAGACACUGAUGACAGUGAGGAUUUUUGGAAGGAGACCAGAAAACCUCAGUCAGGCUUAAUCUUUCAUGAAAAUGAUGAAGUCCCUGUCAGUGAUUUGAUUGUUGGUGAGAAACCAUUUAGCUGCUCUGAGUGUGGGAAAAGAUUUGGUCAAAGUGGAGAUCUGAAGAGACACAUGAGAUCUCAUACAGGAGAGAAACCAUUUAGCUGCUCUCAGUGUGGAAAAAGAUUCAGUCAAAAUGGAAAUCUGAAGAGACACAUGAUAUCGCACACAGGAGAGAAACCAUUUAGCUGUUCUGAAUGUGGGAAAAGAUUUGGCCUCAGUGAAAAUCUAAAUGUCCACAUGAGAUCUCAUACAGGAGAAAAAUCAUUUAGCUGUCCUGGCUGUGAAAAAAGAUUUCGCAGAAGUGGAGAUCUGAGGACACACAUGAGAAUUCAUACAGGAGAGAAACCAUUUAUCUGCUCUUUCUGUGGGAAAAGAUUUGGCCGAAGUGAACAUCUAAAGACACACAUGAGAUCUCACACAGGAGAGAAACCAUUUAGCUGCUCAGAAUGUGAGAUGACAUUUAGUCAAAGUGCACAUCUGAAGAAACACUUGAAAACUCACAUGGGAGAGGAACCUUUAACUUGCUUUGAGUUUCGUAAAAGAUGUGGUUGAAGUGAACAUCUGAAGGACUAUUCAUACUGGAGAGAAACCAUUUUACUACUUUAGGUUUGGGUAAGGAUUUUUUUCAAAAUGGAAAUCUGAAAAAAAAGACAUGAGAUCUCAUACAGGAGAGAAGCUGAUCUGAAUUUGGGAAUAGAUUUGGUCACAGUGGCGUUUUUGAGGUACACAUGAAAUGUCUUACAGGAGAAAAAUCUUUUCACUGCUGAGUUUGCGGAAAAUCAUUUUGACAAAGUUUAAAUUGAUGUACACAUAUGAGAACUCAUGAGGAAGGAAAGGGAUUCAGCUGUUCAGUUUGUACAAAAAUCUUUUACAUGGAAUAAGACUCUAAAAACACACAGGACCUCAUAUAAGAGACUGACCUUUCAAGUUCAGCGUUUGUAUGAAAUCUUUAACACUGACUGGAUGGUUACACAAACACAUGAACAGCCACACAGGAGAGAAACCUGUCAGCUGCAGUGUUUGUCACCAUCAAAGAUUCACUUAGCCUGAACAAGUCAGAAACCAUCAGUGCAGUGUUUGUCAGUUCCAACAGGCUCAUCAGAUUCCCGAGUAGAUGUUAUAUGACACUUACUAUUAACUACAAAUAGGUAAGUUGCUGCGUUUGGUAAAAAAAAAAAAAAAAAAAAUUGUUCACUCGAGUCUUACGCGACACUCGAAGAUUCAUGCGAAGAGAAACCUUUUAGUUGCUCAGUUUGUGAUACAAGAUUUUGCUUGUCAUGUGAGGUUUAGUUUAGGAGAUAAACCUUUUAGCUGAGCAUAUUGUAAAAAAUAUUUCAUACUCAGUGACCACGCUGUGACACACGAGAAUCCCCAAAGAGGAGAAACUCUUCAGCCACUCUGUGUGCGGGAAAAGAGUUCAAAGGCAGCCACAUGACAAAAGUCAUAUAUGUUUUUUCCACCAGCAGCGGCAAUAAAAUUGCUGGUUCAGAUUUAACUCUGGAGCAACAGAGGGUUGAAAAGGCUCUGGACAUGUAUGAAAUGAGAACACCAGGGUAAGAAUGUCAUUCUUCUUCUGCUGUGAGCAAACAACAUUCAGAGUUGGGUAUUGUUUCACCUUUAGAAUUCCAAUCCUGGUUGUUAUUGAUGACUCGAAACAGUUCUUUAUAUCAAAUGAGCAAGAAAAGAAGUAAUAUGUAUUUCCUCAUCAGUUAGGUUUUAUUAACACUUCAGCCUAUAAUAUACGAAAGUGCGUAUGCACAGAAUAUCAAGAUGUUAUGUUGUGCCUCUUUCUCUUUGCUCGCAUGCUGUAUGUAAAGGGUCCUCUAUGAUAUCAAUGAUUUCAUCCAUGCAGUCAGGUCAGAUUAAACUUGAAGGAGGAAUACUUCAGGUCUCAUUUCUUUUCGGGUUAAUGCUUUUCUUAAUCCUUUGUUUUGAUCCUACCUGGAGGGGAAACAACUGUAUAUAGUUUGAGAUAUGAUACACCUGCUAAACAACUUAAAACUGAGUCUUUCACAAUGUUUGCUGGUUUAUUAAACAACUUAUUUGGACCUUGUUUUGUGAAAUGUUUUGUAGCUUUUCUUUCCAGGUUCAAUAAUAAACUUUUA